AUGUCAAUCCCACCCGCCCUCCAACAGCAACUGCGCCUCCUCAUCCGCGCAAACCACAUCCUCCACCACCAUGGCCUCGUCGACGCCUUCGGCCACAUCUCAGUCCGCCACCCCCUAAACAAAGACCAAUACAUCCUCGCCGCCUACGACCCUGGUGCCCCCGCCCUCGUCAAAAACGUCAGCGACUUCAAUUCCUACUGGGUCCGGGACUCGUCCCCUGUCGACAAAGACGCACCCCAAGGCUACAGCGAGCGCUUCAUCCACGGCGAGAUCCUCCGGAAAUUCCCAAAAGCCAAUUGCGUCGUGCACUCGCACUCUGAAGACGUAAUCCCGUUUACCAUUGCUCACGGUGCUGCGCAUCCGCACCCUGUGCGUCCCGUGUUCCACAUGGCUGGGUUCCUAGGGCAGGGCGGGGCAUCCGUAUUUACCAUGGACCGACUGUACGGCACGUCGCGGGCGCCGACAGAGCGCGACUUACUAAUUAAGAAUGCGGAGUUAGGAGAAGCACUCGCCGCACAGCUGCGCAUGGAGAGUCCGGUGGUGCUGCAGCAUAAACAUGGUUUUACGACGUUUGGGAUCAGCAUCGAAGAAGCUGUGUAUCGCGCGAUUUAUACGCAGAAAAACUGUGUGUUGUUGCAGCGCGCAAUUGCGAUUGCGGGGGGUGAUGCCGAGGCGGUGCAGUAUCUUUCGUCGGAGGAGAUCAAGGAUUGUGCGGUUAUGAAUGGGAAGACGCUGGAUAAGUCGUUUCGGUUGUGGCUGCGUGAAGUCCAGGUGAAUCGGCUGUAUCAGAAUGAUGAAGGGGAGCCGGAGAAGGGGAAAGUGGCAGGCAUGAAGAUGUAG